AUGAUGGAGCAUACUCAGGACUUGACAUUCAUUCUUUUCUCUAAUAAGAAUACCGUCCGACAGCAAGGUCUCUUAGACUCCAAAGCCAGGUCACACGCUGCGAAGGAAGGUUGGAAGGCCUCUCACCGGAGAAGGAAAGAAGGAUCUGAGCCGCAUCAACCGGUGCACCACAGCGCGCUGAAAGUCAGCAACCUACCAGCCCAUCAUACACUGCCAGCCUUCAAUGUUGCUCCAGUCUACGACCCAUGGUUGAUGUCCCUGGGUUACCGCGUUGACCCAUUCUGCUGCAUCCCUGGCAGUCAACACCCAUUCGCACGCACUGCGCUGGACUUCUUUGUCGACUAUAUCUACAAGAUGCAGACCGCGUGCAACUACGCCUUUGGGAUCGUCAACUUCUGGACCAAGCAUGGUAUGCCCAUGAUGGCCCAUAAUGCAGCAUUAUUUCACGCUACUCUGGCCCUGCUCACCUUUGCACAUCAGUACCUCUACAGAUCCAACUCGACCGGUAUGCAGGAGCAGAUACUCCACCAUCAGGAUCUGGCGAUACGGGAGCUUCGACGUCGUCUACUCACCGAGGAAGAUCCGGUGGGGGACGAUGGGUCGAUCUUGACAAUGUUCAUGCUCUGCUCACUGGACAAGAGCAUGGGCGACAUGGAGACUUGUGAUAUACAUUACAGACAAGCUACUAGAAUGAUCGAAUGUCGAGGGGGCAUGGGAUCCCUUGACAAAAGCAGUGGGCUGUACGCUGUGCUGAGUCAAUUCACAGAUCUAUCGCCCAACAGUUUUGAGCACAUCCUUCCGGUUGAGGCUCUACGGGAGUCUAUCCGUUUUGGCGACGAACUCGAGAUGGCUUGCAAACCGCCGUCUGACCUGGUUGAAGGCCUCCCUGUCGGGUUUCGCGCACUCGCUAGAAGGGGUGCGAUCUCUGCCAAGACCUGUAAGGCGAUCAUCAGAAUGGGCCGCCAACUCAACGACCCAUCUAUAGUGCAGCAAGCCUCGACCGCUGGGGGAGAAGUCGCGACGUGGUCCCAGAGCUGGCCCGACUUUUCCGACAAGAGUGUUUGUCUUCUGGAGAGGCUGAUCUGCCUGGCUCUGGUCCGAUACAUUGCUAAUGUCUCAACGCGUAUUCGCGCUGGGUGCUGCCCGUACGAAGAUUUGGCCUUGUCGCUGACCAACACGAUCCCGAGCAUCACAGUGCCGGAGGGCAGACUGGAGCGAGAAGCUCUGUCGUGGAUCUGGCUCGUCACCGUAGAUGCAUGGAGCGUGGGCAUGGAGUGGCGAAGACGCAGACAUGUACUGCAAGACCGCGGACUGGAGUUGUUCGAACAGAUGCUGGACCGCUUCCCGGAGAUGUGGUGUUGGCGAAUCGAAGACUUCGAGUUGCUUGGAAACAAGUACUUCUGGCGCAAGGAUAUGGGCAAAUGGCUGGAGUCCGCCCUAGCCAGUGUUCGACCGGACGACGUGCAUUCGCGUCCCUCUCACCUAGCCUCUUCGCACCCGGAAGUUUUGAGCCAGGAAGUCAGAUCUGCCCCGAACCCUAACGGCAAAGCGCCGAUUCUGUGCCCGCCAAACUUUGUCCUCCCGCCGAGCCGGGUAUCCUGGCAGGAUCACUUCGUUCACAAGUUCGUCUACCCUGAGUCGUAUGAGUUCAGUGGAUAUGACCGCUAUGAGCCCAGGCAUAAAUGUACCAUUCCAGCUGAACAUCACGACGGGAUUCCGUUGACCGUACGUCGACCGACUUGUGGUUGA